AUGCAGGUGUGUCCGAGCAGCGUUGGCCUGUCUGCCAGCUGCUGUUCCGCACUUGCUGAGGCUGCCGGCCCCGAUGCCCAGCAGGUUGAGGCGCUUUCCAGCGGGCUGGCGCCCUGCAGCGGCGACAAGCCGCGCCUGGUGAGGACCAUCAGCGUCGUGGGGCCCGCCACGCCCGACGGCGGCGCCGCGGCCGCACCGCCGCCGCACCAGGCGCGGGAGGCUGGCGCUGCCGCGGCGCCGCAUGGUGCGAGCGAGGAGGCAGCGGAUGCGGGGGCGGCGCUGGUGAGCGACGAUGAAUUGCUGGUGGAGGAGCCGCGGGAUCCUCGCGCCAUGAGCCUGCCCAGGCACAUGGCGGCGCUGCAGCUGAUGAAGGAGCGGCUGCACCGGGAGGCGGCCGCGAUGUGGGACCAAAUAAUUCGAGACGACCCCGACAAAGCCGAGUGGUACCACAACCGAGGCGUGGCCCGCAUGCAGCUGGGGCGUGAGCAGGAGGCGGUGCACGACCUCACGCUCUGCCUGGAGCUGCCAGACUGCCAGCCCUUCCACCGCUUCCAGUGCCUGCUGUUCCGCGGCCAGAUCAAGCAGCACAUUGGCGACCUGGGCGGGGCGGAUGAGGACUAUAAGGCGGCGCAGGAUGCAGCCACGGACGAGGCGAGGCGGCAGCUGGUGAAGGAGAGCCGCAUGCUUCUGCUCAAGGAGCGCGUCAGCCGGCGGCAGCAGAAGGAGGCCACGAAGAAAGCGCGGAGGCCGCCGGUGGUGCACAGGUACGGUACCGCCGUCAUCGAGGAGCUGGACCCCGAGGAGGGCAGCGAGGAGCACGGCGAGAGCGUGGCGCACGAGCGCGCGGCGGCGUGGCAGGAGGCGGCGCUCAAACUGGCUGCCGAGGCGCGCGGGAGGGCUGGCCGCAUUGCCAGGGAAUUCGAGACGGAGCAGCAGCGCGUCAGGGAGGAGAACCAGGCGCGCCAGGAUCGCAACGCGGUGAGGCAGGCGCGGCGGCGGCGGGCCGCGGAAGUGGCGGCGCAGCGCCGGCGCCGGCAGGAGGAGGAGGCGGACCGGCUGCAGAGGGAGGGGGAUGUGGAAGGCGCGGAGAAGCUGUACGCCAGGUACCUGUCGCAGCGGCCGGCCGACCUGCGGGCUUGGAGCAACUGGGCUGAGAACUGCUGCAAGGCGCAGCGCUGGCAGGCGGCGCUGGAGUGCUGCAGCCAAGGCCUGGCGGUCUCCACCCCCAGCCAUGCAGUGCCACGCCACAAGCUGCUGCGGGGCGUGGCAUACCGCGGCAUGGGGCGGCUGCAAGAGGCGCUGCGCAGCUUGGAGGAGGCGGAUGCGGCUGCGGAGGCAGAGGGGGAGCACAAAGCCAAGCGCCUGCUGGCCAAGCACAUCAUGCAAGUGCUGGAGGCGAUGGCGGCGCAGGGCACCCAGCCCGCCCCUCGGGACCCCGCUGCGCUGGGCAUGCCGGGCGCCGCGCUGCCCGCCAUGCCUGUCGUGCCGCCGCGGCCGCCACACGUGGUGCCAGAGGAGGCGGAGCUCGAGGUCCCUCCUGCCGCGGCGGCGCCGGCGGGCGAGCCUGCCUGCCACACGGCGGCGCCGGCGCCAGCGGAAGCCGCGGCAGCGGGGCCCGCAGAGGCCGCCGCGCAGGCGGCGGCGGCGGAGCGCGAGCAGGGCAACGCCUGCUUCAAGAGGCGGCAGUGGGAGCUGGCCCUGCGCCACUACGAGCGCGCCUCCCAGCUGCACCCGGGCUGCAAGCUGGCACUGGCCAACCAGGCGGCGGCGCUGCUCAAGCUGCGGCGCUGGCGCGAGGCGGAGCAUGCCGCAUCGCAGGCGCGGCCCGCCGCCACUUCACCCUGCUCUGCCCUUGCCAGGCGCAUGCGCUGCGAGGGGCUGGCGAGGGACUUCGCGCUGGCCUUAGACUCCAGCUUCACCAAGGCGCGCUACCGCCGCGCCCACGCCUACGCCGGGGACAACAACCUGCAGUUUGCCCUGCUGGACAUGCAGAUUGUGGCUGAGGCAGACCCGGGGGAUGCAGCGGUGCAGCGGGAGCUGGCCGCCAUGAGGACGGCGCUGCGUGAGGAGGGGCAGUCCAGCUUUGUGGGGGCGGAUGUGGUCACCAGCAACCCCCUGUUCAGCCCUACCAGCAGGGCUGGGAAGUGA